ACCCUACAACCAGGAAGAGUCCAUUAUUCUAAAAAUAAACAAUACCGCGCAUGUCGGUCAAGGUCGUUUCAUAUCCAUACAGCACGUUGGCCAUUUUGUUGUUUAUUUUAGCAGUGACAACGUGAUACCGUAAGAGAAAAGGUGCAACAAGAAAAUGGACAGUGAAGUCACUAGAGACGGUCGUCUAAUGGAUCUCAUUGAUGAAAAAUGGCGGGAAGACCAGCUUCCGGAAGAAGACAUUGCUGUUCCGCAGAUGGAAUUACCAGAAAUCGAACAGUUGGAGAACGGACCAACUACAGAGACUUUGAAAGAACAAGAACAGAAGUGGACAGAUUUAGGUCUCUCGUCGCUACAUGACCAGCCACCUCCUAGUAGCAGUUCAUAAAAUAAAAGUGGUCUUGCAAGUUAUGACCUUGGUAUAAUUGAAUAUCCCAGUUAAAGAUGAUGGCAAAGAAAAUUCAAAUUAUCAAGUGGUUUAUGAAUAUUUAAGUGAAGUAAGGUGGAUUUCGUCAUCUGUUCAUUCCUGGAAUUGACUGCUGGUGUUUUAGAAAUCUGCACAAGUGUGCUCAGAUCAGUGUUUUUUGGGGGUUGACUUGUGGACUACUUACAGAGGAACUUUUCAUGUAUCUAGGAAAUUAGCUCUUUAUAUUUAAGUUACAUUUAGCUGGUUUUCAAAAGAUACUUUUUGAAUAAGUUGUAUUUUUCCUGUAUUAUUGAAAUUAUAUUUAGAAGGUUUUCAAAAGAUGA